AUGGCGGCUUCAUCUCGACUUCCUCCUCUACCAGCCCUCCGUGAUUUCAUACACCUCUACAAGUUGCGAGCCAAGAAAGUCCUUUCUCAAAAUUACCUGAUGGACAUGAAUUUGACGAAGAAGAUCGUAAGAUUGGCCGGGGUUAGAAGUGGAGAUUGGGUCUGCGAGGUGGGACCUGGACCUGGUGGUAUAACACGGGCCAUCCUUGACGCUGGUGUCGAUCGUUGCGAUGUUGUUGAAAUUGAUCAGCGCAUGAUCCCGGCUCUUCGGCACGUAGCGGAAGCAGCACCAGGGCGUCUACAUAUAACUCGCGGAGAUGUGCUGAAAACAGAGAUUGGCGGGAUGUGGGAGGAAGCGGGUUUUUCCGGCGCCACUGCAUGGUCGGACGAGCCACCAAGGGCGCAUAUUGUUGGAAAUCUCCCGUUUAACAUCGCAACGCCUUUGAUAAUCAAGUUUCUACGGGAUAUGUCCUACAGACGUGGCCCCUGGAAGUACGGUAGAGUACCAUUGACGUUGACGUUCCAGUCAGAAGUUGCGCAAAGAAUCAUAUCCCCAAUCGACUGCGAGGCUCGAUCCCGGAUCUCAAUUAUGUCCCAAUACGUGGCCGAGCCCAAGCUGUUAUUUACGAUAUCAGGCAAAUGCUUCGUGCCGCCGCCAAAAGUCGACGUUGGCGUUGUUCGAUUUACGCCCCGGGCCGUACCGCUGAUUGGUGUGGCUUUUGAGGUCAUCGAGAAAGUGGCCCGUCAAGUAUUCCACUAUCGGCAGAAAUAUGGCCUAAAAACCUUAUACCCGGAGGAAAUUGCAGAGGAGAUGGCGCAUGAAGUUUUGAAAGAAACGAGAAUAGACCCGCGUACUACUUCGAUUAAAUUGGGUAUUGAGCAGUACGGGCAUAUGGCUGAGGUGUACGAGCGGCAAUGUUUGAGCAUGCCGGGCCUCUUCCCCUACGACUAUGUGAAGCCGCAUUUGACUGUGGAAAGCCUGGCGCAAACCGAAAAGGCGCUACCGCCACGCCAGCCCUUCAUAACUCAACUUCCCGCCGAGGGGAUCUCCCUGAAGAAUUUCGGAUUGAUCUCA